AUGCUCAACAAUCUCGGCACCCGACUGUUCAAAUCGGUGACCGAUAAGGCUGGCGAUCUGGGUGACAAGUUUGAAGAGGAGUUCUCACGCCUUUCUUUUAAUAUUACCACCGAAGUCGAUUCAAUUGUCACUGAAGCCAUCUCACUCUCCUCUUAUAUCAAAGUGGCUCUUGUUAUCCUCUCGAUUCUUCUCAUCCUCCUUAUCAUCCGUUACUCUGCCUAUGGAAUCCGUUGUAUGUUCUUCAAAGCCAGGGAUUGGAUCCACUCGAUGGAGGAGAAGCCGGCGCCACAGGUGAUUCUUCUGAUGCCGACGGAGGAUGGAAAGUAUCGGAAGAGUUCGAAGGUGUACACGGAUGAGCAGACAAGACAGAUGUUGGACAAGUUGAGAGAUGAUUCCAUCGAGUUGUUCAACAAUGAAACGAAGAGAUCCAAUAGCAUUGAAUCACGAAGAAACCGACCACCUAGACUCUCCGAACGCGCCGCAUACAAGAAUUGGAAAGUUCCGGAAGAAGCAGUAUAA